GUUUUAACAUGUAAACAAAUAUGGCAGCGCCCAUGGAAAACGCAAGACCAACUGGAAAGCUAGUAUUUGAACGUUCUUCAUUUACAAAUGAAAAAGCAAAAUACAAAAAAUGUAUAGAAGAAAUCCCUUUUACUUAUUCUAUUCAGAUACUGCUACCAGCUGCUGAUGUCCUUCCUGCUGAAAUUGACGCAGCUCUCUCUGAAGAACAGGCUUUUCUGGCUAGAAAUGUUCCAGUCAGUCUUCUCCUGCACCCAGACUUCAUCCAUGGAUUUAUCAAAGCUGGUUCAGUGUACAUGCUGUCACAUGGGACUUGUAUUGACAAAGACGACUGCUUGGCUCUUCAACCAGAUGGUGUGCUAGUGUUAAGUCUGAGUGAGGACACUUACCACCAGCUGGGGCUGGAAGGAAGGAGAGCCAAUGGAAGAUAUGUGGUAGAAGUUGACUUGUUGGGAAAGCUCUACACCACUAGUGACCGGUACAGACAGAGAGUGACCAGCUGCCUCACUGACCACCUCACUGUCACCUUUGACCUGCUGACCACUUGGUCACCUACAGAUGAGAAACUGUGCCCUUCCUCCAUCCAGAAUUUUUUCAAGAAGCAGCACAUCACAUGUAACAGGCUAAAACUCCACAAGAAGGUCCUAAAGUAUAUGAACUUCCUGGUUCCCGAUUUCACAUCUGAGAGUUUCCAGGCAGCUGGGGACCAGGAUGGAAAGUCAUGUGACCACUAUAAAGUUGUUGAGUGGCUCGGUGCAUGUGCACUUGGACUUGACAUGAGCACAGAAGCCAACAACAGUUUUGUGAGCUCAUAUAGAUGCCCGAGUCCCCACCAGGAGUUGCCCUGUGGGGUCAGUGUGCAGUAUACGGGGAUGUUCACUACACAAACUGUGCAGAUGGUCCUAAAUAACCUUAGACGUUUCCUACACAAGAACGAGCUGCGCUGGUGCAGUGUGACAGUGCAUGGUUACCAGGAUACUCCAGUAACCUGGCAACACGAUCACGGCUUUCAUAGCAACGGAGAUAAUCUCUACACUUUUGUGAUUUUUAAAAAUGAAGAGUAUUGGCAAUAUCAGGCAAUAGGGCCUAUAGAUACUUGCCCUUGAAUGUUUGAAUUGAAAUCACAUGUUACAGGAAAGCUUUUAAAACAUUAAUUCUUGGUUAAAUUGUCUUAUUAGGGGUGAUGUAUACUGGUAUACCAAAUGGUAUAAUGCCCAAGCUUAAAUGAUACUGAUUUCUUACUGAUUAUUAAAGUUUUGACAAACUUCAAUUUCAUAUAACUACCGGUAGUAAAGACUUAGGUUAACAUGAACAUUAAGACUCCGGGUUUACCUGAACCAUACACAGUUUCUGAAGGCAUGUAGAAACAAAGUAAAGUACCUUAGUUUGUAUUGUGUCAUAACAAUUCAAUGUCAGAAUUAACCGCUUUUUCAGGGUGUUGGUAAUUGGCAAUUAAUAAUUAUAAAUAAAUGUUCUUUACAUAAAAUACAAGAAGUUACAAGCAAUAUAAAGACAAUUACCACAAAGGUCAAGGUCACACUUUCAGGUCAAAACACAAAUGCACAUAUUUUUGUCUGCACUGUUAGUUGUUUUGCUAAGUGAUUGAGCCCCAAAAAUGUUCGAAGGUCAAGGUCACAUAUGGACACAAUCUUUUAUCAUAUAUUGCAUAUACAUGUCUGGGACAGAUUCAAGGAGGCAAUUCUUCUGAGAAUACUUUAUUUAUCAAAUAUAUCUACUUUUGAUAAAUUCUAAUUUAACAAAGCAUGAAAUAAAUGCUUGAAAAAGA